CUCUCACCUCGACAGGCACACAUUCUAAUUACGUUUGGCAAUCGGAGAGUAGUGUAGUAGUAUUACUCUCUCCGUGCCGAUUAUUUCUGGCGAGACUUUUAAACCGACGACAGCGGUGAUUGGGCGGCGCAGUCACGGGGUCCGCAGUCUCUUCGCCCUGCCUAGAGUCAGUCAGUCAGUCAGUCGGGGGAAGGCGAGUCUGCCUGCAAGCGCUUCUCUCUGUGUGGAUCCACCAUACACACACAUACACGCUCACACGGACCUUCACACACAAUUAUUGUUAAUUACUGAACCCUUUUCGGUCUUUUGAGAGUCUGUUUUUCCACCAUGGGCGACAAAAAGAGCCCGACCAGGCCAAAAAGACAAGCCAAACCGACAGCGGACGACGGAUUUUGGGACUGUAGCGUGUGCACUUUCAGAAACAGUGCCGAAGCCUUCAAAUGCAGCAUCUGUGAUGUACGGAAGGGCACGUCUACCAGGAAACCCCGGAUAAACUCCCAGCUGGUGGCACAGCAGGUGGCCCAGCAGUACGCCACCCCUCCUCCCCCAAAGAAAGAGAAGAAGGAAAAGCCCGAGAGGCCUGAGAAAGAUCGGGCUGAGGGGGAGCGUCCAGACAGAAAUCCACCCGACAGUGAACACACAGACAAGGACAAGAGCGAGAAAGAGCAGCCUGAGAAAGAGAAGAAGGACCGGGAGAAAGAAAUCACCCCAGCCAUCACCAAGAAACCCAACAGCAAAAAGAACAAACCCAAGUCAGACAGCCAUCAAAGCCCACCCAGUGAACGAAACAGCAUUCAGUCCGGCAAAUCCACAACCAAAACCAAGAACUCCCACAUCUCCAGGCCCAAGCUGAAGAACAUUGACAGGAGCACAGCCCAGCAGCUGGCCAUCACUGUGGGGAACGUCACAGUGAUCAUAACAGACUUUAAGGAGAAGACCCGCACCUCCUCCACCUCGUCCUCCACAGUCACCUCCAGCGCCGGCUCUGAACAGCAGCACCAGAGCUCCGGCUCCGAGAGCAUGGACAAGGGCUCAUCCCGUGCUUCGACCCCAAAGGGAGACCUCUCAGUCGGGCACGAUGAGUCAUUCUGAGCACCACGGACGCUGUCGAGACAGCGGGGAUGUACUUCGCCUCCAUUUUUUUUUUUUCCUCACCUUGCCCUGAGCCAACUCAUGUUCAUUUCCAUCACUGAAAUGGGGAUGUAUAGUCCUCUUACCCACAAACACUCAAAUACGUACACAUACAUUUGUGUGAAUGGUGCAAACUGAACCGUUGGGCGAACUGUACCUCCUUUCCCUUUAUGGAGACAUCCCACUCUUGUAUGUAUUGUUUUAUAUUUGUACGUGGAUGUGCAGCUGAAUCAACUUUUUUGUUUUGUUAAAAAAAAAUGAUAUAUGUAAAUGUCCGCUGUGCACAAUAACCACCGACAUUUUAACUAUUCUGGACCAUUAUUGCUCUUAUUUAUUAUGUUGCAUCUUUCUACUUUUAGAGAUAUUUUUUUUUUUUUUUUUGGUCAGUUUCACACAGCUAAGGUAGCUCAAGCUGACGGCUCCCCUUUAGUGUUGAAACGAUCUUGCCGGAGAUUCCUGAGAAACUUCCCACAAUGGUGCUAGAUACACUGUGAAAUGGUUUCAGUCCUCAGACUGACGUUCACACCAUAGAAACAGAUCCCUCUACUCCCGAAAACGAUGGAAAUACUUGUGUCCUGGUGUCAGGCUGCAUUCUUCUGUUGCAUUGUUUUGGGAUUUUUUUUCCAUUUUGCGAGACUCAUCUGAACAUUUGUGCACUGGGGGUCCCUAGAUCUGGUUUCGUCAAUGAAUUAAACGGAUGGUGUUUUGCAUCCGCUUUGUUAUGGAGAAGACAGCUGGGAUUCAGAAACUACAAGGAGCAUGAUGUGAGCUUUGGAUUUGAACAUUCGGAACUGAGCUUUCUUAAUGCUCACUUGGCUUAACGUCUGGUUUUGCAAAUGUAUUUGAAACGUUUAAUUUGACAGCUUUUGAUGUCCUUCAUGGUCUACAUAUGAUGUAUUGAAAAAAAAAACACUAAAAGGGUUUGACGUCUCAAAGGUUUGUAGGCCUUUAAUGUUGAAGAACUUUUUUUUUGCGUUUGCUAGUUAUUUUUGAUCGAAAUAAACCGAUUUUAAUGUUAGGGCUUUACUUAGCUUUGUUUUAAUCUGAAGACAAACUUGUGACUUUACCCCCUAUUUUCAGAAACUUACAUGAUUUACUAAAACAGUCCCAGCGCUAGAAAUCUGAGAUAUGCUGAACAUAAACUUCAAACUCUCAUCGAAUGCAUGGGAACUAUCACAAGCAUUCAGUACCAACAUUUUUAAAAAUGAGUUUACUUUAGUGUCACAAAACAUUGACACAAGCAUGAUUUCACUCAAUAUUACUGCUCCCCAUUGACUCAAAAUACUCAAGAUGUCUAGCUGGCGUUUCUCACAAAUCCCAAGGUCAGCAAAUCAUCCCUUUGAACUGUAUUAAACUUGUACAAAGUAUGUGUAUAUGAUAUGAGUUUUAUUUAUUGAAGGACCAAAGGAAUUUGAUAUUGAUGACAUGCUAGGCAAAUGAAUAAUUCAAAAUGUAAUUACCAUAUGUGUGAUAUAUAACGUUUUAAUAAAGUCUCUAAUAUAAUCCAUUUCAAAUGUGUAAUUCUUGUCCUCUUGAUAUAUGCAGAAUAUUUGUAUACUUGUAAAUUCAUAGACAUUCAAGUCAAAUCUGUAAAGACAACACUGACUUCUGUCAUUGUACUGCGUGUUAAUUCUGCUAUGGCAUAGAAUUAUUACAGUGAACUCCCAUCAAGCUGUUUUUCCCUCCUUGAAUUGUUCUUUUAAUCUUUUGUAUGUUUUGAAAUGAAGAGAUAAAUGGACAUUUUUUUGAUCCACUGACCACUUUGAUGCGUUGAAUGGGUUACUGCUUCCUUUGAAUUUCACUUCAUCAGCAGAAGUAGACAGACUAAUAAGCAUCUUGUAUAAAUGAAGACUUUACUGGGUUGUAUUGAGAGGGUAAACGUGUGUCUUAUGUAUUUGUGAUGUUAACCAACCAAACCGGUAUUGAUUGAUGGAUACAAAGCAUUUCAGUUGUAUUGAUAAUGAUUUUAUUUUCUGACCCAAUUAGAUCAGUGCAAUUCAAGAUGGACACUAUUUGUAACAAAAAAAAAAAAAAAAAAAAAAAAAUCUUUUCUUUUACUCAGAAGUAUGCAAGGUAAUAACCAGAACGGGAGAUGUUUGACAUCACAAAUCACUGGGGUGAUAAUUAUUCUGCAUUACUCAGAAUAUUGAGAUUUUACUACAUUUUAACCCCUGCAGAGUUAUCGAAUUUGCAGUGUAUAGCUUAAGACAACAUUUCGUAAAAUGUAUGAAUAUAGCCAUUUUUUCACUUGCCUUAUCCGCUGUCAGAAACGGUUACCUGAAUUUUGUAAAAUUGUAAAGGAAAAAAAGAACAAACAAUGAAUUGUAUCUUAAUUUAUUUAAAUUUGAGGAGAAAAAACAAUUGCUGAGUUUAAAAUGCUUAUGUAUAACUCAAAAUGGUGCAAAAGCCAACAUAAUAGGCUAUGAAUAGCAAUGGAGCUAAAGGUUUUUUUCUUCUUCUUUUUUUUUUUCUUUUUCUUUUUCACGCGCAAGCAGUUCUGUUCUUGUGUACGACCAGUAACCUUAAUUUACUGUGUAAAGAUGGUUACAUUUUUUUUUUUUAGCUUUUUUUUGUCAGAAACCCAAAUUUAGAAUGCUUGUUUACAUAUGUUAUAGCGUUAACCUUGUGAAAUUUCAGUGUACCUGUAUAGUCCUGGCUUCUUUUAAUUUUGUCAAUAUCUUGUAAAAAAAAAAAAAAAAAAUGUUUUUACAGUUUCCUUUUAAUUUUGUUAGUAAAAAUCUUUUUUUCCCCUUUGUUUUGUUCUUGCCUAGUUGCUGUUAUUUGUAAAUUUUGUGUGGAGCUCAUUAAUUUCACUUGUAAAUGUACAUUUUACUUCCCUUUCUCUUAAUUUUUGAAUUGAUCACUGCUCCUUGUCUAUAGCAGUUACAAUGCUAACAUUUGACAGACUUCUGGCAUGUGCACGACUUUGCUUUUAGAGGCUUCUUUAUCAUUUCCCUUGCUUAAAGUAGAAAUGUCUAUUGAUGCAUUUUGCUUGUGUUUUUUUCCACAAAUAAAAUGUUCAAUUUAUCUAA